CUCCUCUUUGUUCAGACGUCGUGCCAGUUCUGUAUCCUGACCCACGGCCCAGGCAAGCCGUACUCCUUUGCCACUUGCGCGUUGAUCCACAGCGAUCCAGCCGACACCCAGCCCCCCAACGAACGCAGGACAGUCUUCCCGUUCGCCUGCACUGGCACCGAGCAGUGCUGCACGAAGGCGGCGGACACAGCUGAGAGGGGACCACCUCAAUAGUAUGAGACACCGACACACGUGGCUGUGAAACACAGCCCCCUUCAUGUCUCUGCGGCAUGGUAGUCUUUGGCUGAAGAAUGGCUCCCUGAGGCAUUCAUAAAGACCCGAAUCAAUGGGCUGAGGGUACCUGCACGUUCUUUUGCCUGAGCUACCCGUCCACGACAGUCGUCGCCAUUGGUGUCUCGCGUCUCCUCUGUGUCUGUGUGACUUCUUCCGUCAAACUUGUCUCCAUCCGCUUUCCGCGCGUAUGCGUCGAUGAGGUGCUGCGGGGGAGAGGGAGAAGGGAGCAGUUUGACGCGCAUCCCAGGGCCGUGGGCAGCUUCCCACUUCGCAUACAGCCUCAAGGCCUGAGUGCGAAACGAGGGAUACGCACAUGUGAGGAAUGCAGUCAGUGUAUGUCUUACCUGCUCGGCGUUGAGGGCAUGUCGCUCCUUCUCUCCACACUCGAACGAGGACAAAUAUCUGUCCAAUUCCAACACCUCUGGGCUCUGCACAUGUACAUUGACCAGGUUGAAUUGAGGCACGAAUGGGAUCACGCCAGUGGGCUUCUUACCGGCUCAGGAAUAAGCCUUCGGAUGAUACCAGCUGCAGACGGCACACACCGAAAGAUGCCGCACGGAACAGAUACCCGCAAGCGUGCAGGCUUACAGACAAUGUACAGGUCCCCACUUCUUUCGACUUCCUGCAUGCAGGACAGAAAGGCGGCCGCACACAAUCAAGCACGCUUUGUCUCAGGCCCGCCCACUACGGACGUAUUGCGGGUUGCCGUGAAAGUCCAACAGCCGGUCGACGUCUAUGAUAGUGGCUUUCGCAUUGCCGUCUUCUCCGCGAGAAAUGCAAAUAUUUUCGCUCUAUAGGCAGCACACAAAUGUGACGAAGCUCACCUGUUUACGCAACCGCACCUUGAUAUCCGUAUGAGCGAAUCCUCUGUCAUGCAGGCAUUUGAUGCCCUCCAACACGUUCUGGAAUACGGACGAACGGACGCAUGUGCAAACAGGCAAGUAGGGAGACAUGCACGGACUUACCUUGAUGAAUGGCAUAAACACUGCCUCGGAGUCCUCAUAGUAUAUCGGCCCGUUCAGCCUCUGCACCUCAGGCUCCGUCAGCAUGCGUGGAAGGCUCCACAUGUCUCCCCCUGUAGAUGAAAUAUCCCAUGUAGAUGUCAGUGUCUCGAGCGUGGCCAAUCCUUACAUACCAUAGCAGAACUCGAGAAAAAACCCUUUGAGUCCAGACGUAGGCGCGUAGCCUGGAAGGUUGGUUGUGGAGUAUAUCCCGUCAAUCCUGACGAUGCUUGGAUGUCUCACUCCGCUCCAAAGAAGGAUAUCCAUCCCAUUCUUCGGAAACAAGCUAUCGUCCUGGACCACGCAACGAAUACAAAGGGCGUCCUGGACAAAGCAGCUAGCUAUCGGCAGUCUCACCGGAUCACUCAUAUCCGUAUAGUCGUAGAUGACAUUCAUCUUGAGGACGACCUUUUUCUUUUCUUUCUGCACACAGUCAGCAGAAGGCCGACUCCAUCGACUCGCCAACGAACGAGCAUGCCCCGGUGGGCGUGGUUGCGGUCAACAUGCAUGUAUUACCAGGUCCCAGAAGAAGAAGGCGCAGCCAUGGCGUCCUGACACGGGGUCGUCCUGCCUGUCGAGCACGUAGCGCCCCCCAAAUCCCCCCUCAACCUUGGCCUGAAGAGGGGAAGAAGGUGGGCAUUCGUUUGCUGUGCAGCAAUCGCCUUACGCAGAAGUAAUCCAUCAGCGCCCUGGCUCUUCUCCACCCUGACACGCUGAUGGGCUGUGCCUGGAAGAAGGGGAAGGGAGAGAGGGAAGAGAAGGACGCGUGGGGCCUUCAACGCAAGGCCUACCGGUGGCACAAACACGACACGCGCUCUCGGUGGGGGUCUUUCUUUGGUUCUGCAGCACAAAUGGCCCAU